UUAGACUUCAGGAUCGGGUAGCCCGUCUAUUCUGUACCGUCUCUCGCUCGCCGGUCGCUACUAUUCCAAUUUACACGUAGCAUUCAUACUUCUUCCUUCGCCUGAUCAGUCAUUUAAAAGUCCGCAUUGGUAUUAUCCAAUAAAAGUAGUACAGAACGAUGGCAUCCUGCAGAGCUGCUCGCAGAAAUCAGAGGUGGUGCACCACCCAACCUCUGACCCCUCUCAUGGAAGGCCCCGAUCUCGAAAUGCACCACCACCACUGCCAGUCUGGAAAUAAGAAAGAGACCACCUCCUCCUGGGAAGUGAUUCGGGAAUGGUUUAGAGCACAGAGGAGCUUGGCAGCCGACCCUGCAGGAGGAGGAGGGGGCAGCAGGAGCUUCUCCAUGUCCUCAGCAUACCCUGCCGGCCCAGGCUCAGCGCCGCCCAAUAUUAAUGCGGCCAAGAGGCAAGACUUGAAGCUUUUGCUCGGGGUCUUGGCUUGCCCACUUGGCCCCAUUCCUCUGCCCAUCAACAAUAAUGAAAACGGCAACAACAACAACAACUACCACUCCUACUACGGUCAUCAGAACACCAAUCCAAUUCUUCAUCCUUACAAUCCUACCAUCAUCAAAGACAUUCCCAUUGAGACCUCUACUGCGCAUUACAUUAUUCAACAAUACUUGGCCGCGACGGGAUGCUCCUCGAAAUCCAAGCAGCAGCAGCAACAACAACAGAAAGUCCCCAGAAACAUGUACACGGCCGGCACGGUGAAGAUGAUGUGCUUCCCGACAGAGAUUUCGGGAGGAGGAACAGUGAAGACACUGGGAACGAGGAGUAGCGGGGAGAAGGGAUGCUUCGUGCUGUGGCAGAUGUCGCCGGGAAUGUGGUCGCUGGAGCUGGUGGUUGGGGGUAACAAGGUCCUGGCCGGCAGCGAUUCCAAGAUCGUGUGGAGGCAUACACCCUGGCUGGGCACCCACGCGGCCAAAGGCCCUCAACGUCCCUUACGUCGCAUUAUCCAGGGGUUGGACCCAAAGAGCACGGCGAGUUUGUUUGCCGGCAAAGCACGGUGCUUAGGAGAGAAACGAAUUGGAGAUGAAGAUUGCUUCGUGUUAAAAGUGGCAGCAGAUCGGGCGACGGUGAUGGAAAGGAACGAGGGUCCUGCAGAAGUGAUCAGGCACGUCUUGUACGGCUACUUCAGCCAAAAGAGUGGGCUUCUCAUAUAUCUAGAGGACUCCCACCUGACCAGAGUUUUAGUACAGCGGGAGGAGGAAGAGGAUGAGCAGCAGCCGGCAGCUGGGCGCCGCGAAAAUGGAAGUGAUCAUCCUUCGGUUUCGGGUGCUGUUUACUGGGAGACAACCAUUGGGAGCAGCAUCGGAGACUACAGGGACGUCGACGGCCUCCUCAUUGCCCAUCAAGGCAGGACCGUUGCCACUGUAUUCCGUUUCGGAGAGGUAUCCACACAGCAUUGUAGGACGACCAUGGAAGAGACCUGGGCCAUCCACGACGUCGUUUUUGACGUCCCGGGGCUUUCACCCGACUCCUUCAUCCCUCCUGCCGAUGUAUGGGAUGAUAGCACACAUUAUUCACCGCAUUAAUAGUAAUUUUUUGCCGUGAAAAUGCACUUUCCUUUCCUGAAUAUAAAUGGUCAUGAUUUGUCCGUAACUUGUUUAACUAACUCACAGUCAGCAGCAAGUUCGCUGCAAUUAUAUAUCCUUUCCCAAUCCCACGCACCUAUAGAGUAUAAUUUAAU